AUGGAGAAAUCAGAAAAAGACGACUCAAUCUGUGGCUCCUUUGAGAAUGGUGCUCGGGACUUGUCAUCCGAAACUCCGGCGCUUGACUGUUUUGGUGAAGCGGUGCCCCCAGUUCCAGCUUCAGACAGUGCUUCUCCAUUACCUGAAUCACAGCACCGAGCUCAACAAUACAACGCGAUAGCGAAGCCAGUAUCGACUUCUCUUCGCGAUUCUUCGCCUAAUUCGAGGUUCACUCCUCCUCUACCCCCAUUUCCAGACGACGAACACGCCCUUGUACCCGACACCAUCGCUGCGUCUACACCUUCCAGUGCUUCGAAGGCACCGUUUGUGCGUGGGCAUCGUCGUCGCUCCACCCACGUUAGUCGUCGGGACCUUGAAAAGUUCAGAAAGGAGGUCCUGGGUGUUGAGUCCACUGGAUUUGAAUACGACGACGAAGGCGCGUUCAACCAGAAUACUAAGGAAUACGAGUCGCAAUUGGCAGAACUGAACCGUGCUUUCGACGCAGCAAGUAUGUCUAUGAGCAGUAGUAGUGGCAGCAACUCUGGCUCGGGAAUGUACUCGAGUUACGAUAAUUCAAAUUCUGGACCGUCCAACAUACCUGGUGUUCCCCGCCAGCCUAUACCUUCACCCAUGGCUACUCCACCCCCACAAGUCAAUGGCGGCGGUAUGGCUGGGAUGAACGGCGGAGUGCCGAUGAAUGCAGGACAUCAGAUGGAUCUGCGCCAUUUAUUCGACAUGGUACUAGAACUGAGCGACGUGCUGAAGAACAACCGUGAUAUGACUAAGAGUAUCGUCUCUAGCGCGGAGGAGAUUAUGAAACGUUCUGCGUCGGAGGGAACUAGCCCUAAUAUUCAGCAGGUGAACGGGGAAAUCUCUAGUGCUCGCAUUGCCGAGCUUGAACGCGCGCUCGCCAAGGAAAGACGUUUGGUAGAAAUCUUGAAAAAUGAGCAGAUCGAGAACACCAAACUGAUUGGGGAGUAUGAGGCGGCUGUCGGUAUUAUGGUGGAGCAGAUUCGCAACUACUGCCACAACAACAAUAUGCACUACCUGGCUCAAAAACGCCACUACAAUAAUCUUCUCCAGGCGGAGCGUGAUGCUCAUCUGGAAAGCCGUUUGGACCGUGACCACUGGCAUGCGCAAACUCUGAAGUGCGCCGAGAUGAUUCGCACCGCUUAUCGCCUCCGCUGUGAGGAAGACGAACUUCCCAUCCGUAUCGUUGCCGGCCUACAGAACGAGGUCCGCGCCUACCGCAAUGCCCUUGGCAUGGAGCCCGAGAAGCCAGAGGAAGAGUACGGCUGGGAGAUUCUGAAGGAUGUUCCGGGAGGCUCUGAGUGAUGUAGCGCACGCUGCUGAUACUGUAUGAGUUAUGAUGAUUUUCGACACACAUUUGUUUUCCAUUGCGGGACGGCGUUUUGGGUACUCAUUUUCUCGGUUUAGCAGUUCGCUCGUGAAGGAUACCCAUCUUUGCAUGACUUGCGUGUACUUUGCCUAAUCUCGAUACUGCUGCUGAAGGUUUACGUCUGUCAUGAUUUCGAGGGCUUUAGGUGCCGGUCAUCCUGAAGACCAGAACAUUGCGAGACUAAACGCCUUCUGAACUGUCAUAUUUCCGACCAUCCAUGGUCAAAAACUCCUUUGAGAAGAAUACCAACAAU